UCUUUGCACAUGCACACCUAACAAAAGUCAGGUGACGAUUCAGCGAGAAUGUUUCAAUAAGAACAACGAUAAUCUCAAUUUUAAUAGACUCUGAUAUUAGGAUUUCAUCAGCGUCUUCUUUGUGAGAAAGUUGAAGCUAACAUGGACGCUACUGAUUGUGCACACCUAACAAAAGUCAGGUGACGAUUCAGCGAGAAUGUUUCAAUAAGAACAACGAUAAUCUCAAUUUUAAUAGACUCUGAUAUUAGGAUUUCAUCAGCGUCUUCUUUGUGAGAAAGUUGAAGCUAACAUGGACGCUACUGAUUGGAGAACACAACUUCAAGCUGAUUCUCGACAGAGAAUUGUUACUAAGAUACUGGAAACUCUGAAGAGACACCUUCCAAUUUCUGGCCCGGAGGGAUUGGCAGAGCUCAAUAAAAUAGCUGAAAAGUUCGAGCAAAAGAUAUUUGGUGUUGCUACAAGCCAGUCGGAUUAUCUACGAAAAAUCUCUCUUAAGAUGCUGACGAUGGAGACUAAAUCCAACGCAACUUCCAGUAGCCACCCACAGUAUCCAGUCAUAGAGUUGGACUACAGUUCCCCCCACGCUUCUGAAGCUGAUCAGUAAUGGCUACUAUGUGAUUAAUUUGUUCAGUAAACAUUAAUGUGCUGGUUGGUUCUUAGGAUUAGGACUUAGCACAUGGUUACAGUUAUGUUAAUGGCACAUUUACUGUCUUUUUAUAAAGAUUUCUCUUCAUGUUUGUUUGUGGUGCACACAUUUACUAUCUUUUAAUAAAGUAUGUAGAAUUUUCUCAGCA